AUGGACCCCGGAGACAAAACGAAACCCAAGCAGGCUGAACAGCCACAGCCGACCAAUCCCUCUCGAUCUUCUGCACCGUCCUCAACAAAGCCCCGGAAGCGCUCAUCCAAGGCUGCAACCUCGGCCGCGCCUGCCCAGUCCCCGUCGACGCCAGACUCGAACAUCUCUCGCCCGUCUACGCUUUCGCACGCCCGCGACGAACCUCAGAACGCCCCUCGUAACACUUCCGACGCUCGCCCGUCUCCCAUUCAACCAUAUCCCGCUUCGCAGUAUCAUAUUAUGGCCCCUCCAUACCCCACCAACGGCUCGCCCUUUGCCCAUCCCCACCAUACCUCUUCCCCUUACCACCACCCCUCCCCUACGUCUGGAUCAGCCAAUGGCGGGAGCCCCACUGUGGGUCCGGGAAUACCGGGUCAUGUUCCUCCACAACCACAGUAUGCUUAUCCCAUCCAUAACCCGUAUCCAUACACGCACUAUCCGGGCUACCCGCCCCCACAUAUGGUGAUGUAUGGCCCUCCUCGCACAGCCGCCCCCUCCGAAGCCAAUGCACAGAGAUCACCAUCGGCGGUGCCGUCGCCUUCGUCUGCGACGCAACCGUCCACUGGAAAGCGCAAGCGCAAGUCCGACGCACCAAGGGACGCUGCCUCGGACGGCGAGGCUGCGACUUCGGGUAGUGAAGCUAACCGUGCUGCGACUUCCCAAGCAGCAGCGGCUGCCGCACAGGCAGAGAUGAAAAAGCGGACGAAAACUCAGAGGGCUUGCGACAGCUGUCGCAGCAGAAAGAUCAGAUGUGACAUUUUGGCAGAUUCCGAUCCCCCCGCUUGCCAGCACUGCAAGCAGUAUGGUUUUGAGUGUACUUUCUUCCUCCCCAUCGCGGAGACCCGCUUCAAGAAAAAAAAGCUGGAGGAGGAAACCGUUCAUAGCGGUGAACACAAUAAGGCAUCUGGUGGGAGUGUACAUGAUUCGACCGCUCCACACGGUGAGUCGUCUCGCGCCGCUGACGCCAGGGUAUGCGGCCCUACAUCGGAAGCCCAUCUUUUGCAUUCGAGCGCAACGAUUUCGUCCCGUAUCUAUGAGUCCUACGAUACUCGAUACCAUCAUACUUGGGAGGUGACACAAAACGGUGACGGGUUGAUACAAGUCCUGGAACCCGGCACCGAUGAAGUGCAGCUGGCAUUGCCCAAACCGGUUGAUAUGCGCAUCGAGCGCGACAUGAUCGAGAAGCUUGUCAACGCAUAUUUCACGGAGAUCUCGCCCGUCCUACCUGUCAUUACCCAGGCGGAAUUUGUCGCCAGCCCUUCCCCUCCCCCGAUAUUGCUUUAUUCAAUCUGCCUCGUCGCCGCCGCGAGGCGUGAAGUCCCCCAGAGCGUAUUCGACUCGAUCCGCUAUGCGGUGAACAAUGUCAUAAAAUCGGAAGACAUUCUGUCGACCGCAUCCAUCGCCAAUGUUCAAAGUCUUCUCAUAUUGUGUAUGGUGGGUGAUUGCCAUUCGCAGUUCGUCCCCAACGCGUUGUCCGCGCUAUGGGUCAGAUUGGGCACGGCUAUUCGCAUGGCACAAGACAUGGGUCUCCACCGUGUAGAGGCGAUUAAACAAAACAUCGAGCUCAGACGCAGAUUAUGGGGCGCUUGUGUGAUAAGCGACCGAUGGCAAGUCGACAUCCACUUUGUUCCCGAUCUUCAACCGCUGUUCUCUUCCGCGCUUGCUGAUAUGUCACGUUCCAACAGGAUCAGCUUAUCGUAUGGGCAUCCAUACAUGAUUGACGUCAACGAUUGUGAUGCUCGAUUGCCGUCGUCUGGAGACCCGAAUGACCUGUAUAUGGACGAACUUGUUCGUCUCAGUAUCAUUCUCGGGCGGGUGAUGAAGUCCAUCUAUAGUCCGUCGGGAUUGACGCUCACGAACGAUGCUAUGCUCUAUGCUCUACUUACGGACAUCGAGGAUUGGAAGAAGAACCUCCCGGAAAGCUUGCAGUUCCGCGGGCCGGACACCGCUACGAAUGCUGGACUUUUGUUCUUGCUCUACUCUUGUGUGUCCAUGAUCUUUUGGCGGGUGUUUAUGCGUAUCUCGUACUCUUGCCCUACACAUCUCAAAUUCGGGCUCACUGUCGAGCAAUGGUCUGCCCUUGUGCAACUCACGGGCGAUGCUAUCGAUUGGUUGGACCGUCACGACAACUUAUAUGACGUGUGGAUGCUCGUUGCAUAUGCCGCGACAUCUUGUGCCCUCGUGCAGUACCAUACAUGGGCGAGACGUCAAGACCAGGAGGCAGCGUUGAAGCUAAAGAAGCUGCGUGACUGCAUCAGACGGUGGGAGAAGUCUCUUUCGCCGGACCACAUGUCCGCUCGACGCAAGACGGCCGAGAUUAUCGCGCUCCUGUACGAAGCGACUCAGGGACCUCCCCCGCCCAUCGAGACGCCGGCGUUGAACCCCACCGGCGGUGUCAUUGGGAAGAAGCCCCCGCCGUUGGGUGGCCUUGAGUAUGAGAAAGACCCGAGUCGACCGGGAGGCGGCGUGUUCGUGGCGCACGGCAAGACGAGGGGGAGCUACAAGGACGUGCUGCCAGAAACCGUGAUCAGCAGCGGGAGCGACGAGGAAGAAGAAGGUGGGCGUCGCGUCGCUGCCCAGAACUUGUCUGCCCCGCCAUCGAUGGUGCAUUUCACCCCACUAGGUGGCGGCGGUGGAGGUGCCGACUUGGCGAGUCUGAGAGUGGGUGCCGGCCUGACGCACGCGAACGCGAAUGUGAACCCGGCGAUGAACGUGAGCGCGGGGAUGGGCGAGAACGUGCAGGUCAUGAACCUGCUGGACGCAAGCGGGCAGAACUUCGCGAUGCCGGGGAGCUUGGAACAGUGGGCAUUGGCGGAUAAUAGUCUGUUGGAGGGUAUCCCUGGGGGCAUGUUCGACUGGGGUCAGUGGGACGAGUUCUUCUCGAGAACUUUAGGAGGCAAUAUGCCGGGAGGUGUACCCCUUGGAAUGGACGUCGGGGCCGGUGGUCCGUCAGGGAUGCACCAGCAAACACAACAAGUCGUGUCCACGGUAGGCGCAGGGAGCGGGAUGCCCGGGGAUGGUGCGCCUGUCACCCAACGCGGUUCGUUUUCGUACGCGGCUGCCGCGAGUUAGCGGUCGUGGUGCGCCAGGCCUGUGACAGGCGUGAAGUAAGUUUUCGAGGGACUCUAUGGUAGAUCUGGUCGGAUCCGUUUCUUUGGACUUUUCGUUUGCGUCGAGUUUUGAUGUGAGUCUGCGGAUCGUUGGAUUGAGCGUCCCGGUGUGCACGGUCAUAGUCUCCGAGCGGCAAACGUCAGUACAUGUCGUGCGGUCGAGCCGAUAUAUAUAUAUAGUAUGGCGAUGUAUUCGGCGGAUGGACCACCGACUUGUAUGAUGUGAUGGGAACGCGCGCCAAACUGUAUUGAAUUAUGAUACAUGAGUUGACAUGU